ACCAGUCUGUCUCUUGUCGUCGUAAAGCCAGAAACCUGAGCAGAUCCAGGUUCUGGACGCUCCUGCUCCAGCCCUGGUGUUCCCGGUCUCCUGCUCUUUGUCCCCGGAACUCGCUCUCGCUCCUGGGUGUCCACCGGGGCAUUUGGCUCGCAUCUGGAUCCCAGUAGGAGUAGCGAGCAGCCCAGCGCCCCGUCCCGGAGCCGCACAAGCCACGGAGCCUUCAAGUUUGGAGAGGAAGAAAAUAAACGGACGACUAUAGACCCAACUUUGUCCAGGCAACUUUCUGUAGUCGUGUCUCUCAUCCCGUGUUUAUUUUAUUUUAUUUUUUUUUACUUUCGGUGAAAUUCGCUUGUGUGGCUGAGACUGUCGCCUCAGUUUGAGAGAAAGUUUUUUAAACCGCAGUUUUUUUUACGUUUUUUCUUCGUUUGUCGAGUCUGGAACUUGACAUUUUUCCCAAGACUGCAGCUUUUCUAGAGGACAUUUGAGCCUGCUAUAGGCGUAUUUUCGGUGUUUUUAUUUGAACUUUUCCCCGUCGGACCGGGUAGUUUGGAGCUGGCCUCGGAGCUGCUGUGAAUGGAGUCCGGGAGAAAUCAGCGCUGCUUCUUCGUGGGACUCAAACUCACUAGUGUUUUAGCUACUCGCACCUGAGCGGCUGCUCUUUUAUUAUUAUUAUUAAAUUUAAUUUUUUCCUAUGAAAACAAAGAUGAAGACGCUUCUGCUGCUGUGUGUUUCCACGCUGGUUGUGCUGUCCGCGGCUGCGGAGCAAAAGUUAAAAAACUGUAACGAAGUUCGUGCUGCUUUCACCUCCAAAGGCUUAAACGUUAACGACGUCCCAAACAAAGGAAUCAACGGAGCCCCCCUGAAGGUGUGUCCACAGGGUUUCUCCUGCUGCACGGUGGAGCUGGAGGAGAAGCUGAGCCAGCAGAGUCAGACGGAGAUCAAAGCCCCCGUGUCCAGGCUUAGCACCAACCUGCAAUCCUCCUUCAAACAGAGGCACGACAACUUUGACAAGUUUUUCCGUGAGCUUCUGAAAAACGCAGAGGACUCGCUCAACAACAUGUUUGUUCGGACCUACGGCAUGAUGUACGUCCAGAACGCGGCGCUGUUCAGGGACUUCUUCAAGUCCCUGACGCAGUACUACGUGUCGGGCAGCGCUGCCGUCAACCUGGACUCCAUGCUGUCGGACUUCUGGGACGACCUCCUGGAGAGGAUGUUCCGGCUGGUCAACGUGCAGUACGACUUCAGCGACGCCUACAUGGAGUGCGUGAGCCAGCACACGGAGCAGCUGCAGCCCUUCGGCGACGUCCCUCGUAAGCUCCGCAUCCAGCUGACCCGGGCCUUCGUGGCUGCACGCACCUUUGUGCGCGGCCUCUCCCUGAUGCCAGAUGUGAUCAAUAAGGUUUCCACGGUCAGCGCGUCUCCCAGCUGCGUCCGGGCGACCAUGAAGAUGUUGUACUGUCCCUACUGCUCAGGCCAGGUGGCCCUGAAGCCCUGUCAGAAUUACUGUCUGAAUGUGAUGCGGGGCUGUUUGGCUAACCAGGCUGAUCUGGACGCCGAGUGGAACAACUUCCUCGGUGCAAUGCUGAGUCUGGCUGAGAGGCUUGAAGGUCCCUUUAACUUUGAGUCUGUGAUGGACCCCAUUGAUGUUAAGAUAUCAGAGGCUAUCAUGAACAUGCAGGAGAACAGCAUGCAGGUGUCUCAGAAGGUAUUCCAGGGAUGUGGGACGCCAAAACUAAAGCCGAUCUCUCGAUCUGCACGAUCCGUAAAAGAAACUGUCUUUACUGGUCGAUUCCGUCCCUACAGUCCAGAAGCAAGACCCACUACUGCUGCUGGUACCAGUUUAGACCGACUGGUGAGGACUCGGGGAGCAAAGCACCACAUAAAAUCGUUAGUUCUGGUUUGUUGUUGUUUAACUAGUUCUUUCUGUGCUGCUCAGACAGGUGAAGUGAAAAAGAAGUUAAAACACGCAAAGAAGUUCUGGUCGACGUUGCCGGAGACGGUGUGUGCAGGUGAGAGGAUUGCACCUGGUGACGAGUGCUGGAAUGGGACCGCCAAAAGCAGGUACGAGUCACUCGUUAUGGGCAACGGGCUGGCCAAUCAGGUGUCCAACCCAGACGUGGAGGUGGACAUCACUAAACCAGAUACGGUCAUUCGCAGUCAGAUUGCCAUUUUGAAGGAAAUGACGAGCUGGCUCAAAGCCGCACACAGCGGCAAUGACAUCUCGUUUGAUAUCGAUGUGGAGGGCAGCGGAGGAGAGGAGAGCGGCAGCGGCAGUGACACCACCUCCCAAACAGACGACAUGUACUUCCCCACCACACCAAACACCAGGUUAUCCAAAGUCCGGACGGAGCAGAAGAGUCCAGGAGGGGCCGGGGCCGUCCUGAAGGGAAGCAUGGCGCUGGUGCUCUGCGGGCUGGGCCUGGCUCUGCUCGCCCCUCACUGGAGAUAAAAGUAUCAUGGCGGAGAGGAAGAGACCGUCAGAGUAAUCAGAAGGAAUGGGAACACCGUCAGAGACUUUAGAGAGACUGCUUUUGGGACUCGGACUGUCCACUGUUUGGGGGGGUGGGAAGACUCUUCUUGAUAUUACAGUAACUUCACUAUUAACUAUUUGUAUGUUUGUAAGGACAUCAGCGUACGGAAACGGAGAACUCCACCUGUCCCCCCAGAUAGAAGGCUCCCCGUGGUUCUGCUGUCUCAUCCUGGCAGUUCGAUCAUAUGAUUGUGCCUUUUUUAUGGAUGAUCACCAUCUGAGAAGCAUUUAGAUGAAAACUCGACCUGUUUUGGGACGUCUUUGUAUUUCUGAGGAUGUUCUCUCCUCUAGUCCAAAAUCAGAUCAGUACAAACCCUUUUCUGUUGCUGUUACUAUUUCAGAUAAAGAAACAAGGUUGCUGGUUUUUCUACAGGUGUGACUGAAAACCAUCAAGGACUGGAGGAGCCUUUCAUCUGAGCUCCUCUCUCAGAAAUACAGCCAGAUCAGUUACAACACAGGUGCUUGACCCUCAGAUGGACUCAUCCGUUUUCAGCGUUCAGGACACUGAAGGCACCACCAGCACAUGAGCAUUAGAACACCCCACCUUUUCAUUUUCCUCCUCGUGUAAUUUAAUUCCCUCAGCUUAAACGGUUUAACAGUAAGGUCAUACCUGACGCGUGCUCUCUGAUGGUGUCUGAUAGACGUGGACUCGUGGCUGGGGUUAACCCUGUCAUGACCCCAGGUGAAAGCAAAGGCCCUUGUAAGUGAAGAUAGAGGUUUGACGCAUUUCACAUAAAAACCAGAGAAGAAGCAGCAGCAGGGUUCUGUUACAGGGUUUUACGCUGAGGAGCUGUUUUUGGUAUGAAGUUAAACUUUUGGUACUUUCACUGGUCUAGGGAAGCGUUGUGCUCAGAUUCCAGACAUCCCCAUCCCAGAGCACACUGCUCCACCUCCCCGAUCAUCCAGCCUACCCACUCCCUUCUGUCUUUGGUACAAUGUUAGCAGCUUUUCAUGGUUAAAACUGAAAAAGGCUCCAGGUGGCAGAUUGCCUUAAUGGCAUAUCGUGAUGAUCAGGUCUGUAAGUGACUUCUUUUGGCUUUUCUGAUCUAAAACAACCUCCUGUAGCUUCUGAGCACCAACUUAUGUUUGAGUCUUUUAUCACAUUAUCACAAACGGACUUUAAUGAGCACGUUGUGGCUUUAAGAGUUGAAUUUCUCAGUAUGAUUAUUUUUGGAGCUCUAAAUAGUUACAUUUUUAAAAAAAUGUUCAAAUCUGCAUUUGUGGCAGUUCUCGGAAAGAAAAAAGGAUCUGAAACAUCUAUGCAAACCAUGUAAGUACUGAAGCCCCAAGUUUAAACCACAGAGCUGUGCUUCAGGAGCUGGAGCUGGCGUCACCGCCUCAGUCUCCUGUUUUUGAUUUGUUCCUCAAACAUUUCUACAAAGGGUUCGUGCGUGUGUUUGUGUCACCUCGGAGGAACUGAAGCGGCAUCCUGAGCAACGGGGGAAGCCGUUCGGGUGACGAUGGUGAAUGUCUUUGCUUGCAGGCCAAGGCAGCGGCCUUUUCCGACCAGCGGGAGGUCCGGCCGCUGGAUGUUUGUUCCAUCGGUGCCUUUUGCCUUAAUAGUUGAGUUGACGAGGCGGUGAAUUCUCUCCACCUGCCUUUGGCCCACAGGAACUGAAAGGACUCACCCUGCUGAGGAAAGAGAGACUGACUGAAAAAAGAAUGAAAUGUGUAUAUAGAGAGCAGCCAUUUUUAGAUGUCUCUAAAAGAGGCCUUAACACACACACACCAGAGUAUGUUCCUAAAUGUGUUGGAGAAGACGAGAUGAAAUAGAUGUUAAAUUGUAAGAAACAAAUGUAUAUUAUACAACUUUUCUUAGUCUUGUGGAAAUAAAGACUACCAAUAUUUAAA